GCUGUAUGUUGCUUGUGACUCGGAAGCACUUUCUACCAUCGGACUACUUUGACCGAUGCAUCAUGUGCUUCCUACGACAGGUUCAAGAAUAUACCAUCCAUCAGGUCAUUUCGGCACUGUCAAGUACGUUGGACCGCUUGAAGGCACCACUGGUCCUUGGCUUGGCGUUGAAUGGGACGACUCAACUCGCGGGAAACAUGAUGGCAUAAAGGAUGGGAGACGAUAUUUUGACUGUCGAGUCCCUCACAGCGGAUCCUUUAUUCGCCCAUCCUCUUCCGUUUGCUAUGGGUAUCCAUUUUUACAAGCAUUGAAAAACAAGUAUGUAGAAGCUGUGCAUGGCACUGCGUCGCAGGAGAAAAUCGUUCUGGGCUCUUCAAAUGGUUCCAUACAGGUGGAAGCUGUAGACCUGGACAAGAUCCGAGGCAAAUUCUCAAAUCUGGAGCGACUGCGCGAAGCGAGCCUCGAUAAUGAAAUGGUUUCUACCGGGAACAACCGCGGGGAAAUUCUGUCGACAUGCCCUAACAUCCGCGGCCUGGAUCUUUCUGCAACGCUUGUGUCCAGUUGGGACGUUGUGGCGAUGAUAACCACUGAACUGCAUCAACUCGAGCGGCUAGCGCUCAAUCGCAACCGGCUGACGCCGCCCACAUCUCACUUGCCUGCAUCGGCUUGGCUGCGACUCUCAGAGCUCCAGCUCAACGGGACCUGGGUUUCCUGGGAAGAGUUUACAAGCAUAGCCAUACGCAUGCCUCAGCUUCGCAUAGCAGAACUCGGAUACAAUGGGCUUACUUCCCUAUCACAUGCGAAGAUCUCUACAGUAUUGAGCCGUAUCGAGAUCCUCAAUUUCGAUAGCAACAAGCUGGAUGAUUGGCAACAUAUCAGCGAGGCACUGGAGCCGUGCACCUCGUUACGACGACUCGUACUUUCAUCUAACGGUAUCGAAACGAUUCCUUCUCGUGAAUCUCGUCCGUCACAUUUACAAGGACUCAAAAUCCUCUCUCUUUCCAAUAACAAACUCCAUAAUUCGCACGAUAUUGACCGAUUAUAUGAGUGGUGUCCCGAUCUCGAAACAUUGAGUCUCGCCAAAAAUCCACUGUCUGAGGCUAAUGACCUCUCUCGUUCCUCCAGGCAGCAAAUCAUAGCAAAGAUCCCGUCCUUGCGGGUCCUUGACGCAACUGCGAUCUCGACGAAGGAACGAUCAGAUAGUGAAUUGUUUUAUCUUUCUUUCGUUGCGAAGACUAUGCCUGGGCAUGAUGAAGACAAAAUGAAGGAACACCCGCAAUGGAAGAGGCUAUGCAUGAAACACGGUAGACCUGCCGAGUCAACAGCUGAUCGCGACGGUAGACUGAGUCAAUAUUUGAUCGAGGUGAAAGUUCACCAAUGCUCUGAGCCUCCUAGGGGCCUCUUCAUCCCGGAAAUGGAAGGGGGGCUCAUCGUAUCUACUUCGCUGCGCGUGCUUUCUACGAUGAAACUAGGGCUUUUCCGGCUCAGAUUGAUGAAAGCUCUGGGAGCAAGGAAAAAUCCGAGGAACCGUGAUAAUAUUUGUGUAUGGUUGAGAAUGGGCGAUGACACACUAGCUCUUCUGGGGAACGAUGAUCAAGAAUUAGGAUGGUGGGGAAUAGAGAAUAAUUCACAUAUUGUCGUACACAUCGCGGCAAACUGAACCUUGAUUACACUUAUAUUUAUA